ACCGAAGAACAGUCGAGCUUACCAGCUCAUCUGAAAGCUGUGAACUUCGAGCUUAAAAACAGCAGCAAUGGCGAAGCUUUGCACUUUGCUGUUGGCCGCAGUGGUGGUCCUGUCACUCCUAGUGAGCCCCAUUGCCUGCAACCGAAAGUUCAGCAAGCCCAAGCCAAAGCCGGCCAGCCACAGGCGGCCGGUGACUGCGGUCAAGCCAAAGCCAAAACCGGUCAGCUACAAGCCGGCGCCUGUGGCGGCCAAACCUCCCCGCAGCAACCACACUGCUACACCCAGGCCAUCGCCGAUCGUCUACGGCUCCGGUGGCUGGCUGUCAGGCGCCGGCGCCACGUACUACGGCGCGACCAACGGCGACGGGAGCGACGGCGGCGCGUGCGGCUACCAGACUGCUGUCGGGAAGAAGCCGUUCGACUCGAUGAUCGCCGCCGGGAGCACGCCACUGUACAAGGGUGGCGAGGGCUGCGGCGCCUGCUACGAGGUGAAAUGCAAGACCAACGCCGCGUGCUCCGGCCAGCCCGUGACCAUCGUAAUCACCGACCAGUCCCCUGGCGAUCUGUUCCCCGGCGAGGUUGAGCACUUUGACAUGAGCGGCACCGCCAUGGGCGCCAUGGCGCGGCCCGGCAUGGCCGACAAGCUCCGCGCUGGCGGCGUGCUCAGGAUCCUGUACAGGAGGGUGCCGUGCAAGUACCCCGGCGUGAACGUCGCGUUCAAGGUGGACCAGGGCGCGAACCCGUUCUACUUCGACGUGCUGAUCGAGUUCGAGGACGACGACGGCGACCUCAAGGCCGUCGACCUGAUGGAGGCCGGCAGCAGCGUGUGGACACCCAUGGCGCACAACUGGGGCGCGACGUGGCGCCUCAACAACGGCAGGAGACUCAGAGCGCCGUUCGGGCUCCGGCUCACCUCCGACUCCGGCAGGGUGCUCGUCGCCAACAACGCCAUCCCGGCCGCGUGGAAGCCCGGCAAGGCCUACCGUUCCUUGGUCAACUACCCCUGAAAAGUGAAUGGCGUGUAAUGUGCGUCCGGGUGUUGCGAGAGGCGGCGGCGGUGUAAUGGUGUCAAGGAAGAGGAGGUUGAAGAAGAGAAUGGCGUUCUUCCCUCCCUGGACGGUCUCUGCAGUCCCCAAGUGAUGUGUGAUGGCGUGAGUCAAAUCAUGCCUGUAAUUUGAUUCUUCAUCUCGAUUUGAAUUUUGCUAAUAUACUCCUGUACUUGAGGAAAGAGAGAAGCUUAUUUGAGUUGUGACUAAUGUUGCAUGCCAAUGCAUGUUAUGUGC